AUGCCUGUGCAGUCCAGCAGUGACUGUCCCCAUCUGGAGUGUGUAGGAGAAAUCACCAAGGAAGAACUCAUCCACAAGUCACAUGUGAGUCCCCCUCCAUAGACCACCUGUACUGUAGUACAUAAGUCCCCUCCAUAGACCACCUGUACUGUAGUACAUAAGUCCCCUCCAUAGACCACCUGUAGUACAUAAGUCCCCUCCAUAGACCACCUGUACUGUAGUACAUACGUCCCUCCAUAGACCACCUGUACUGUAGUACAUAAGUCCCCUCCAUAGACCACCUGUACUGUAGGACAUAAGUCCCUCCAUAGACCACCUGUACUGUAGUACAUAAGUCCCCUCCAUAGACCACCUGUACUGUAGUACAUAAGUCCCCUCCAUAGACCACCUGUAGUACAUAAGUCCCCUCCAUAGUACCACCUGUAGUACAUAAGUCCCCUCCAUAGACCACCUGUAGGACAUAAGUCCCUCCAUAGACCACCUGUAGUACAUAAGUCCCCUCCAUAGACCACCUGUAGUACAUAAGUCCCUCCAUAGACCACCUGUACUGUAGUACAUAAGUCCCCUCCAUAGACCACCUGUACUGUAGUACAUAAGUCCCCUCCAUAGACCACCUGUACUGUAGUACAUAAGUCCCCUCCAUAGACCACCUGUACUGUAGUACAUAAGUCCCCUCCAUAGACCACCUGUACUGUAGUACAUAAGUCCCCUCCAUAGACCACCUGUACUGUAGUACAUAAGUCCCCUCCAUAGACCACCUGUAGUACAUAAGUCCCCUCCAUAGACCACCUGUACUGUAGUACAUAAGUCCCCUCCAUAGACCACCUGUAGUACAUAAGUCCCCUCCAUAGACCACCUGUACUGUAGUACAUAAGUCCCCUCCAUAGACCACCUGUACUGUAGUACAUAAAGUGUCCCCCUCCAUAGACCCACCUGUAACGGUAGUACAUAAGUCCCCUCCAUAGACCCGACACCUGUACUGUAAGUACAUAAGUUAAGUCCCCUCCAUAGGAGACCACCUUGUAAGUAACUAAGUCCCCCUCCAUAGACCCACCUGUUAAACUUGUAGUACCAUAGUCCCCCAUAGAAACCCACCUGUAGUAACAUAAGUCCCUCCAUAUAGACCACCUGUAACUGUAGUUACAUAAGUCCCUCCAUAGACGCACCUGUAGUACAUAAAGUCCCCUCCAUAGAACCACCUGUACUGUAGUACAUAAGUCCCCCAAAUAGACCCACCUGUACUGUAGUAUCAUAAGUCCCCUCCAUAGAACCACCUGUAAACUGUAGUAACCAUAAGUCCCUCCAUAGACCUACCUGUACUUGUUAGUACAUAAAGUCCCUCCAUAAGACCCCCUGUACUGGGAUAAGAACCCAACUUACUGUAGAUACAUAAGUCCCUCCAUAGAACCACCUGUAACUGUAGUACAUAAGUCCCUCCAUAGACCACCUGUAUGGGAGUACAUAAGUCCCCCCCAUAGACCACCUGUAAAUGUAGUACAUAAGUCCUUUCCCUAGACCCACCUGUACUGUAGUACAUAAAGUCCCUCCAUAGACCACCUGUACUGUAGUACAUAAGUCCCCUCCAUAGACCACCUGUACUGUAGUACAUAAAUCCCUCCAUAGACCCACCUGUACUGUAAAUACAUAAGUCCCCUCCAUAGACCCACCUGUACUGUAUACAUAAGUCCCCUCCAUAACCACCUGUACUGUGUAAAAUAAUCCCUCCAUAGACCACCUGUAUGUAGUACAUAAAUCCCUCCUAGACCACCUGUACUGUAGUACAUAAGUCCCUCCAUAGACCCACCUGUACUGGUAGACAUAAGUCCCUCCAUAGACCACCUGUACUGUAGUACAUAAGUCCCUCCAUAGACCACCUGUACUGUAGUACAUAAGUCCCUCCAUAGACCACCUGUACUGUAGUACAUAAGUCCCUCCAUAGACCACCUGUACUGUAGUACAUAAGUCCUUCCAUAGACCACCUGGGACUGUAGUACAUAAGUCCCUCCAUAGACCACCUGUACUGUGUACAAGUCCCUCCAUAGACCACCGUACUGUAGUACAUAAGUCCCUCCAUAGACCACCUGUACUGUAGUACAUAAGUCCCCUCCAUAGACCACCUGUCUGGGAGUACAUAAGUCCCUCCAUAGACCACCUGUACUGUAGUACUAAGUCCCUCCUAGACCACCUGUACUGUAGUACUAAUCCCCCCCAUAACCACCUGGGACUGUAUACAUAAGUCCCCCCCCUAGACCACCCGUAGGACAUAAGUCCCCCCAUAGACCCCCCUUUUUACUGUAGUACAUAAUUCCCCCCCCAUAGCCACCUGUAGUACAUAAGUUCCCCUCCAUAGACCACCUGACUUUAGUCAUAAAGUCCCUCCAUAGACCCCCUGUAGGACAUAAGUCCCCUCCAUAGACCACCCUGUAGUACUAAAAAGUCCCCUCCAUAACCACCUGUACUGUAGUACAUAAGUCCCCUCCAUAGACCCCCCUGUACUUUAGUACAUAAGUCCCCCUCCAUAGACCACCUGUACUGUAGUACAUAAGUCCCCCUCCAUAGACCACCUGUACUGUAGUACAUAAGUCCCCCUCCAUAGACCCCCUUAGUACAUAUCCCCUCCAUAGACCACCUGUACUGUAGUACAUAAGUCCCCCUCCAUAGACCACCUGUAUGUAGUACAUAAGGGCCCCCAUAGACCACCUGUAGUACAUAAGGGCCCCUCCAUAGACCACCUGUACUGUAGUACAUAAAUCCCUCCAUAGACCACCCUGUUACUGUAUACAUAAGUCCCCCCCUAGACCACCUUACUGUAGUACAUAAGUCCCUCCAUAGACCACCUGUACUUAGUCAUAAGUCCCCCCCCAUAGACCACCUGUACUGUAGUACAUAGUCCCUCCACAGACCCCUGUAGUACAUAAGUCCCCUCCAAAAGACCACCUGUAACUGUAGACAUAAGUCCCCCAUAGACCACCUGUAGUACAUAAGUCCCCCUUUCCCUAGACCACCUGUACUGUAGGACAUAGUCCCCUCCAUAGACCACCUGUACUGUAGUACAUAAUCCCCUCCAUAGACCACCUUUACUGUAGUACAUAAGUCCCCCUCCAUAAAACCACCUUUUAGGACAUAAGUCCCCUCCAUAGACCACCUGUACUGUAUACAUAAUUCCCCUCCAAGACCACCUGUAGUACCUAAGUCCCCCCAUAGACCACCUUACUGUAGUACAUAAGUCCCUCCAUAGACCCACCUGUAGGACAUAAUCCCUCCAUAGACCACCUGUACGUAGUACAUAAGUCCCCUCCAUAGACCACCUGUACUGUGUACAUAAUCCUUCCAUAAAAACCACCUGUACUGUUUGUACAUAAGUCCCCUCCAUAGACCACCUGUAACUGUGUACAUAAGUCCCCUCCAUAACCAACUUGUACUGUAAAUACUAAGUCCCUCCAUAGACACCUGUACUGUAUACAUAAGUCCCUCCAUAGACACCUGUACUGUAGUACAUAAGUCCCCUCCAUAGACCACCUGUACUUUAGUACUAAGUCCCCCUCCAUAGACCACCUGUACUGUGUACAUAGUCCCCUCCAUAGACCACCUGUAUGUAGUACUAAGUCCCUCCAUAGACCACCUGUACUGUAGUCAUAAGUCCCCUCCAUAGACCACCUGUACUGUAGUACAUAAGUCCCCUCCAUAGACCCCUGUCUGUAGUACAUAAUCCCUCCAUAGACCCACCUGUAGUACUAAGUCCCCUCCAUAGACCACCUGUGUACUAAGUCCCCCCCAUAGACCACCUGUACUGUAGGCCCUAAGUCCCCCCCAUAGACCACCUGUACUGUAGUACAUAGUUCCUCCAUAGACCACCUGUAAAUGUAGUAACAUAAGUCCCUCCAGAGCACCACCUGUACUGUAGUACUCAGUCCCCUCCAUAUACCACCUGUAGUAGCAUAGUCCCCUCCAUAGACCACCUGUACGUUGGACUCGUCCCUCCAUCGACCACCUGUACGGGUAGUACAUAGUCCCCUCCAUAGACCCACCUUGUACGGUAGUACAUAGUCCCUCCAUAGACCACCUUUACUGUAGUACAUAAUCCCUCCAUAACCACCUGUACUGUCGUACAUAAGUCCCUCCAUGAACCACCUUACUGUAGUACAUAAGUCCCCUCCAUAACCACCUGUAACUGUUAGUACAUAAGUCCCCAUAGACCACUUUGUAAGUACAUAAGUCCCCUCCAAGACCACCUGUAACUGUAAAGUACUAAGUCCCUCCAUAGACCCCUGUAGUACAUAAGUCCCCUCCAAGACCACCUUGUACUGUUAGUACCUAAGUCCCUCCAUAGACCCCUGUACUGUGUACAUACAUUCCUUCAUAGACCACCUGUACUGUAUAACCUAAGUCCCCUCCAUAGACCACCUGUACUGUAGUACAUAAGUCCCCUCCAUAGACCACCUGUACUGUAGUACAUUCAGUGCAUUAGGAAAGUAUUCAGACCCCUUGACUUUUUCAAAAUGUUGUUAUGUUACAGCCUAAUUCUAAAAUGGAUUAAAUUGUUAUUUUCCCCUCAUCAAUAUACACACAAUACCCCAUAAUGACAAAGCAAAAACAGGUUUUAUUUUUUGUGUGCAAAAAAUAAAAUAAUAUAAAUAUCACAUUUUCAUAAGUAUUCAGACCCUUUACUCAGUACUUUGUUGAAGCACCUUUGGCAGCGAUUCACAGCCUCUCAAGCUCUGUCAGGUUGGAUGGGGAGCGUCGCUGCACAGCUAUUUUCAGGUCUCUCCAGAGAUGUUAGAUCGGGUUCAAGUCCAGGCUCUGUAGAUGCUGUCUUACUGGUCCAGUCUGAGAUUAUAAAACUGUUUUACUGGUCCAGUCUGAGAUUAUAAUACUGUUUUACUGGUCUGGCCUGGCCUGUUCACUGAAGCUGGUUGUUGUGAUGUAAUGUUUUGUGUGUGUGUGUGUGUUUCUAGGGCCAGUGUCAAGACUGCAAGGUUGGAGGACCAAAUUUGUGGGCGUGUCUGGAGGUGAGUGAGCGGUCCCAGGCUUUGUUUGACUUUUAUUUUGAAAGUUCUGUGACUGCCAUUUGGCCUUGUAUGAAUAUGGACUGUACAGUUCUGUAGUAAUAAUAUGUUUCUCUGUGUGUGUGUGUGCAGAACAGCUGUGCGUAUGUGGGCUGUGGAGAAUCUCACGCUGACCACAGCACUGUCCACUCACAGGUGAGUCACCCCUGA